AUGCAUCGCUCCCGGGGAGGCUGCCAGAACUGUAAGAAGAGAAAGCGACGGUGCGACGAGAGCCGCCCGGCCUGCCAGGCCUGUCAAAAGCGCGGGCUCGAGUGCCGAGGCUACGACGUCGUUCUCCGAUGGACCAACGGCAUCGCAUCGCGAGGUCGCCUCGCCGGGGCGACUACCUUUGCCACAGCUGCCGAGUCGUCUUCUGCGGCGAGUGCCCGUAGCGACUCGGCAGCACCACAGCAACAUCAGGAUGGAGCAGCAGUGGCGACAGCGCCCGUAGCAUUGUCGCCACACGAGGCUCGGCUAUCUGACGCCCCUGCAACUGCACCACACGAAGACGGCAGCAGCUUCGAUGGGAACUGGGCAUCGCCCGCCAUCACCGCGACAUCCUACGAAGGAGCGCCAGGCCCGGGCAGCAGCAAUCGCGACGACUGCAGUCCGUAUGCGCAAUCAACUCCCAUAUCUGGACCGGACAACACGAAACAAGAACUGUUCGAUAGGUUCGAGUUAGAACUUGUUGAGGCUAACACGUCCGGGGGUCCUCGCGCCUCCCUUCUCCACCCAGUCAUAUCGUCAGGAUUUCAGAGGCUGUACGCGACGCGCACUGGGUCAUGGCUGGAGCCGUACAUGGCGGCUAUGGCCCAGGAGUCAGAUGCGCUGUUCCACGUGCUGGUCGCGAUCCAGGCCUUCCUGGAGGACGGUCUAACGGUGUCGUCCAUGGACUUCAUCGACCAGGCGCUCCAGAAGUUCCGUCUGGAGCUCGCCCAGCCUCGGAAUGCCAGGACGCGGGCCACGAUGACCGCCGGCCUGCUCGUGUGCACGAUACAGCUUAUCGCGGGGCUGUACCGCCUGGGCGGGGACAUGGACCAGCUGCCCUCGGACCUGGACCUGCGCGACGCGCACGCCCUGCACACCGUCGAGGUGCUAGCCGUCAUGGACAUGCCCGUCUUCGUCGUGGGCCGCACGAGCCCCAGCAUCGGCGUAUGGCAGCGACUUCGGGCGGUCCAGAACAGGCAGCGGCACGGGGGCCAACAACACGGGGGCGAGGGCGAGGGCGAGGGCGCGCCCGGCGGCGUCGAGCAGAUCUCUGGCGUGCCGCGAUCGCUGCUCGACGUCUUUGCGCGCAUCCCCGAGGGCCCCAGCGGCGAGGUCGAGCGGGACCUGUGGUACUGGGAGGGCGAGAUCGGCGAGAUCCCGCAGAGCCACCUGUGGGAUGCGUGGCGAUACUCGGGGAUGCUGAGCAUCCGGCACCAGCGGCGGCUGCGUGCCAAGGCUGGCGAGCGCGAGGCUCUCAGAGAGGGCGGGAGCGGAGGAGCAGGCGGGAAGGCGCCGUUACCGGCCGACAGCGUGCUGCUGUGUCGCCUGAUCAGCUCCAUGGACUCGCUCCUGCAGUCCCUCGACAGGCCCGAGUACGGCCACCUGCUCGUCUUCAACAGCAUGCGGUACCCGCUCGUCGCCGCCAGCUUGCAGGUGUCCCUCCUCGAGGCCUAUCCGGACUGGAAGAUGCUCCUGAAGCGAGUGCGCAGCCGGUUCUCUGAGAUGGAUUCGACGGGGGUUGGGGUCAUGGACGUUUUGUCAGAGCUGCUGGACGAGGUCUGGAAGUCUGGCGUGGACGACUUUGAUAUUGAUAAAGCAGCCAUGAGCCGCGGUGUUGAGAUUGCACUGUUUUGA